ACACAAACUCUGAAUAUAAGGGUCAUUUUCCUCUUUUAUUGUCAUCUCUUGCUUCUAUACAGCACAGGGCAGUCUGUCUUCUGCCAAGCUGAAGAAGUCGAUGGUCCUGUGUGGAAGGUGCCUCUUAACAGCGUGUGAUCUAGAAGCUGGAAGCCAUGUCGUUGAGCAGUGCGUUUAAAGCUGUUACCAAAACCCCCGGCCUCCUUAUCUGGAGAAUCGAGAAAAUGGACCUAGCGGUAGUUCCACCAAAAGCCCAUGGAAACUUUUUUGAAGGUGAUUGUUACCUCCUACUCUCUACAAAGCAAUCUGGCAGUUCCCUUGUGUACGAUAUCCACUACUGGAUUGGAAAUGACUCUUCACAGGAUGAGCAAGGCUCGGCCGCAAUUUACACUAUCCAGCUAGAUGACUAUCUAGGGGGUAGUCCAGUGCAGCAUCGGGAAGUCCAGGGCCAUGAGUCCGACACCUUCAAAGGCUAUUUUAAGCAGGGUAUAAUUUACAAAAAAGGAGGUGUUGCAUCGGGAAUGAAACAUAUUGACACUAACACAUAUGAUGUGAAGAGGCUUCUACAUGUUAAGGGCAAGAGGAAUGUCACAGCUACUGAGGUUGAAUUGAGCUGGCUCAGUUUUAAUCUUGGAGAUGUGUUUCUGCUGGAUCUUGGCAGAGUUAUUAUACAGUGGAAUGGACCUGAAAGCAACACGUCAGAGAAAAUGAAGGCAAUGCUGCUGGCUAAAGAUAUACGUGACCGAGAGAGGGGAGGACGAGCGGAGAUUGGUGCCAUUGAAGGAGAUAAUGAGCAGGCUUCACCAGAGUUAAUGAAGCUCCUGAUAAGUACACUUGGAGAGAGAACACAGAAAAUUGGACCAGGAACUCCCGACGAAGUUGCAGACCAAGCACAGAAAGCUAAUAUCAUGUUAUACCAUGUCUCUGAUUCUGGUGGGCAAAUGGAGGUGAAGGAAGUAGCAACUCGGCCUUUGGUUCAGGAUCUUCUGAAUCGCCAAGACUGCUAUAUUCUGGAUCAAGGGGGAGCCAAAAUCUAUGUCUGGAAAGGAAAAGGAGCCACAAAGGCAGAAAAGCAAACGGCAAUGUCUAAAGCUUUGGAGUUCAUAAAGAUGAAAGCUUAUCCACACAGCACCAAUGUGGAAACAGUGAAUGAUGGAGCAGAGUCAGCCAUGUUCAAACAGCUCUUUCAGAAAUGGACAAUAAAAGACCAGUCUGUGGGCAUGGGAAAGACCUUUAGUGCCAGUAAGAUUGCAAAGAUCACCCAGGAGAAGUUUGAUGCGUCUUUGCUCCAUGCUAAGCCUGCUGUGGCUGCUCAGGAGCGAAUGGUGGAUGAUGGGAAUGGCAGUGUAGAGGUUUGGAGAAUUGAGAACCUUGAGCUUGUUCCUGUGGAGUCUCAGUGGCUUGGAUUUUUCUAUGGAGGAGACUGUUACUUGGUGCUGUACACAUACCAUGUCAAUAGGAAAGCACACUAUAUUCUCUACAUAUGGCAGGGGCGUCAUGCUUCUCAAGAUGAGCUGGCAGCCUCGGCAUACCUGGCGGUUCAGCUUGAUCAGGAUUUCAACGGGGAGCCAGUACAAGUGCGUGUUUGUAUGGGCAAGGAGCCCCGUCAUUUUAUGGCCAUCUUCAAAGGAAAGCUUAUCAUAUUUGAGGGAGGCACUUCAAGAAAGGGGAACGAUGAGCCUGAACCACCAGUGAGGCUUUUUCAGAUCCGUGGAACAGAACCAUCUAACACCAAAGCCGUGGAGGUUCCAGCCUUUGCCUCAUCCCUAAAUUCCAAUGAUGUGUUCCUGCUCAAGACACAGUCAGAGCAUUACCUGUGGUAUGGGAAGGGUUCAAGUGGAGAUGAACGUGAAAUGUCUAAACAGCUGGCUGCCAUCCUAUCUGAUGGUGCUGAGGAGACACUGGCAGAAGGACAAGAGACUGUGCAGUUUUGGGAACUAUUAGGUGGAAAGGCUCCAUACGCUAAUGACAAGAGGCUUCAGCAAGAGGAGGCAGAUAUCCACCCACGCCUGUUUGAAUGCUCCAACAAGACUGGACGGUUUAUUGUAACUGAAGUUACCAACUUCACCCAAGAAGACUUGGACCCGACAGAUGUCAUGCUUUUAGACACUUGGGAUCAGAUAUUUCUAUGGAUUGGGUCCGAAGCCAACGAAACAGAGAAAAAGGAGGCACCAGUGAUUUCUCAGGAAUAUCUCAAGACCCACCCCGGCGGCAGAGACCCUGAGACUCCUAUAAUCAUCAUCAAGCAGGGAUUUGAGCCACCAAACUUUACAGGGUGGUUUCUGGCCUGGGACCCACAAAAAUGGAGUGGUGGAAAAACUUAUGAAGAACUGAAGAAGGAAUUGGGAGAUGCUGCGGCCAUCAGUAGACUUACGCAGGAUGUAAACGGUGUGUCUGUCUCCCCAACAAGCCCCAUCCCUAGCAGCACCUACCAGUGUUUUCCCCUGGAAGCCCUGAAAGGCAAACAGAAACAUGAGCUCCCCGAGGGCGUGGAUCCCGCAAGGAAAGAGAGUUUCCUCUCUGAUCGGGACUUCCUCGCAGCCUUUGGAAUCACCAGAGGAGAGUUUUAUGCACUGCCUUCCUGGAAACAACUGAACAUCAAAAAACAGCUAGGACUAUUUUAAAAGAUCCUGCAUUUGGCACAUCCACAUGGGCAUUAGCAAAAUGUUGUAUUUGUUUUUUUUUUUAAUACCAAGCCAAUAAUUAAACAUUUUACUGUCAUGAGGCAUGGCGCUGCAUUGGAUGACGUUGCAGGUAAAACACGAGUCAGAUUCUGUGUGCAAGAUCCCGCUGCCAAUAUUACACCUGCUUGACGUGACCUUCUGAGCUUCAUAUAGCAAUUCAUCAAUAAAUCCUCUGCGCAGAA